UGCAGCAGCAAGCUGGAGCUGAGACGCAAGCCACCGACCGGGGGAGGCUGGGAAAGGCAGCGUUCAGGAUUGGAAUGAGCCACAGAUCUUUCUCUCUCUCUCUCUCUGGCGUUGCAAAUGAGUGUGCCCCCAGACGACGACCCAACUGCAUUCGACGUUGUGUAAUUGUUAUCCAUGAAGAUAUUGUCCACGGCUGACCAUUUUCAACUGGGGAACGGGGCUGGCGGAUGAUUUGCGAAGAAUGGAAUUUAGAGGAAGAAACUAGCUGGGCUAAGCCUUUCGUCCUCUGUAGUCUCAACAGAGGAGGGGCAUUGGAGCUUUUGUAGCAUUGCAGAUCCUGAAUUGAUGCAUUUUUUGGAGAACACAUAAUGGAUAUCCUCACAUCGCAGAAAAUCGGCAGAUCCUUUUCAAAUGCGUUUUAAUACAUAUUGGUGUCCUUUUCGGGACAUCUAGGAAAGGAGUUGAAAGACGAAAGGAAAUACUACAAGCAACUCUGUUAGCUUAGAGCUCUACGUCAAAAAUCCACCACCGGGCCGGGGCAGGGUCGACAAUUGGGAAGUCUCUCUUCGGCCUCUCUGGAGUGGACAUUAAGGGAAAUGUACAGAUAAUGAUGUGGCUCACACACAUACUGCGUCCGCUGCUGAUACAUUAACACGGCGAGCGGUAUGAUUGAUUUCCUUUAGCUCCACAUCUCAUCUCCGCUUCUCCUUGGAACUUUUUUUUUUGAACCUUCUGUUUCUGUCGCCGGCGUGGCUUUAUCCCUGCAAAGCAAAGGCUUAUAGUCUGUAAAUAUUAACACAAUUCGCUACCUAGUCAACUUAAAACCAUUUUAAUCAUGUCGGGGGAAGUCCGCUUGAAGAAAUUGGAAAAACUGAUUUUGGAUGGCCCAGUUCAAUCCAACGGCCAAUGUAUCAGCGUGGAAACAUUACUGGAUAUACUUGUCUGCCUCUACGACGAAUGUAGCAGCUCGCCGAUCAGACGAGAGAAAAACAUCCAAGAGUUUCUAGAAUGGGCUAAACCCUUCACCUCCAAGGUCAAGCAGAUGCGUCUGCGCAGAGAGGACUUUGAGAUCCUGAAGGUCAUUGGCCGAGGAGCUUUUGGAGAGGUUGCCGUGGUGAAGGUAAAGAACACAGACAAGGUGUUUGCCAUGAAGAUCCUCAACAAGUGGGAGAUGCUCAAGAGAGCUGAGACGGCGUGUUUCCGUGAGGAGCGAGACGUGCUGGUGAAUGGAGACUGCCAGUGGAUCACCACCCUACACUACGCCUUUCAAGACGACAACAACCUGUACCUGGUGAUGGAUUACUAUGUGGGCGGUGACCUCCUGACGCUGCUGAGUAAAUUUGAGGACCGGCUGCCGGAGGACAUGUCCAAGUUCUACCUGGCCGAGAUGGUGCUGGCCAUCCACUCCGUACACCAGCUGCACUACGUACACAGGGACAUCAAGCCAGACAACAUCCUGAUGGACGUGAACGGCCACAUACGCCUGGCGGACUUCGGCUCCUGCCUGAAACUCAUGGACGACGGAACUGUCCAGUCCUCGGUGGCGGUGGGCACUCCUGACUACAUCUCUCCAGAGAUCUUGCAGGCCAUGGAGGACGGUAAGGGGAAGUACGGGCCUGAGUGUGACUGGUGGUCUCUGGGCGUGUGCAUGUACGAGAUGCUUUACGGGGAGACGCCCUUCUACGCAGAGUCCCUAGUGGAGACCUACGGCAAGAUCAUGAACCACAAGGAGCGUUUCCAGUUCCCGGCGGCGAUGACGGACGUCUCGGAGGACGCCAAGGACCUGAUGCGGCGUCUGAUCUGCAGCCGCGAGCACCGUCUGGGCCAGAACGGCAUCCUGGACUUCCAGCAGCACCCCUUCUUCAGCGGCAUCGACUGGGACAACAUCCGCUGCUGCGAGGCGCCCUACAUCCCCGAGGUCAGCUCGCCCACCGACACCUCCAACUUCGACGUGGACGACGACUGCCUGAAGAACUCGGAGACGUUGCCCCCUCCAUCCCACACCGCCUUCCCAGGUCACCACUUCCCCUUCGUGGGAUUCACUUACACCAGCAAAUGCACGCUGUCUGACCGUGGCUCUCUGCGUGAGUGUGGGGGUCCUCCACAGUCCCCUCUGGACGUGACGGUGCAGCGCAGCCUGGAGGAGAGUCUGGCCUCGGAGGCCUACGAGAGGCGCAUACGCCGCCUGGAGCAGGAGAAGCUGGAGCUCAGCCGCAAGCUACAGGAGUCCACUCAGGCGGUGCAGGCGCUGCAGUACCCCAACUCUGAAGGCCCGCCCCCGCCGCAGUCACCCGGCAGCAGUGUCACCAAGGAGACGGAGAUCAGGAGCCUGAAGAACGAGAUCGACAUCCUCAAGAAGCAGAUCGCCGAAUCUGGUCAGCUGGAGCAGCAGCUGGAGGAGGCCUCGUCUGCGCGGAGAAACCUGGAGGACUCCUCAAAGCACAUCAGGAACCUGGAGAAGCAGCUCAAGGCCGUCGCCAACGACAGAGACGACCUGCAGAAGGAGCUCCAAGAGCAGGCUGAGCGCGUGAAGGCCCAGGCUAAGGACCUGAAGGAGGCCCACAGCCAGAGGAAGCUGGCCCUGCACGAGUUCUCGGAGCUGAGCGAGCGGCUGGGUGACCUGCGCUCCCAGAAGCAGCGGCUCUCACGCCAGCUGCGGGACAAGGAGGACGAGGUGGAGGCCCUCGGGCAGAAGGCAGAGGGGCUGCGGCUGGAGCUACGCAAGGCCGAGAGGACCAGGAAAGAGUGUGAGGCUCAGGCUGAGGAACAGGCUGCUGAGGCCCAGAAGGAGCGAAAGCUGAGAGAGUGCAGCGAGCAGUACAGCAGACAACUGGAGGAGGAACUGGAGAUGGUCAAGCAGAAGCCCAUCUCCUCCCUCACCUCCUCCUCAGACAGUGCUGACGGUGCCGCGCCCACCACCCCCACCGCGUCCUCCGGGGAGCAGGAGCAGGAGCUGGCGCGGGUGCGAGGGGAGCUGGAGCGGCGGGCGGUGCAGGCGGAGGAGGAGCGCGUGCGCAGGGACAGCCAGCACGCCGCCGAGCUCAAGGGGCUGCGCAAGGAGCUGCACGACGCCGAGGCGCAACACCUCGCGCUGCACAAGGAGAUACUGGUGCUGAAGGACAAACUGGAGAAGACGCGCAGAGAGAGCCAAAGCGAGCGUGAGGAGUUUGAGACGGAGUUCAAGCAGAAGCAGGAGAGAGAGAGGACUCUACUGACGGAGGAGAACAAGAAGCUCUCCAGCGAACUGGACAAAGCGACUGGUCUGUAUGAGCAGUUGAGUGUCUCCAAUAAGUCUCUGGAGGAGGAGCUGAGAGAGCUGGCAGACAAGAAGGAGAGCGUAGCGCACUGGGAAGCGCAGAUCACCGAAAUCAUCCAGUGGGUGAGCGAUGAGAAGGAUGCUCGUGGGUAUCUGCAGGCUCUGGCCACCAAGAUGACAGAGGAGCUGGAGGGACUCAGGACCACCAGCCUGGGAGCACGCGGCACGGACAUGCCGUGGAAGAUGCGUCGCUUUGCUAAGUUGGACAUGUCUGCUCGUCUGGAGCUGCAGUCUGCUCUGGAUGCGGAGAUCAGGGCCAAGCAGAGCAUCACUGAGGAACUCAACAAGGUCAAGGCAUCCAGCAUCUCCACAGAGUGUAAACUGCAGGAGGCGGAGAGUAAGAACCAGGAGCUGCUGUGUGAGACGGAGCGGCUGAAGAAGGAGCUGGAGGAGCUGAGACUCAGGAGAGGAGUGAAGCACCAGGACUCCCAGAAUUCCUUCCUGGCGUUCCUGAACGCUCCCACCUCCGGACUGGACCAGUUCGAUCGUUCCCCCUCCGUGGGUCCAGGCAGCAAAGGCCGACGUCUGGACUCUGUGGACUACACCCCCUCCAACACUCCGUCUCAUGAUGACGAGAAGCGGCGUGUGUCCCGCUCUCACUCCCCCUCCACCACCAGCGACAUGGAGCCCAUUGAGUUGAUGGAUCACCCCUCUCGAGUUCACACCCCCACCAUGCGUUCUGGAUAUGGCAGUUUGGGACACUCCUCUCCAAAGCCUAAAGCUCACCAGUUUGUGGUGAAGUCGUUCACCGUGCCGACCAAAUGCAACCAGUGCACAUCGCUCAUGGUGGGCCUGAUUCGACAGGGCUGCAUAUGUGAAGUGUGCAACUUCUCGUGCCACGUGGCGUGUGCGGAGAAGGCCCCAGCAGUGUGUCCCGUGCCCCCCGACCAGACCAAGGGACCCCUGGGCAUCGACCCUCAGAGGGGCAUCGGGACCGCCUACGAGGGCCACGUCAGGGUGCCUAAGCCCACUGGCGUGAAGAAGGGUUGGCAGCGGGCGUUGGCGGUGGUGUGUGACUUCAAACUCUUCCUGUAUGAGCUGGGGGAGGGCAAGGCCACGCAGCCCAGCGUAGUGGUCAGCCAGGUCAUCGACAUGAGGGAUGAGGAGUUCUCUGUCAGCUCCGUGUUGGCCUCUGAUGUCAUCCAUGCCAAUCGCAAGGACAUCCCCUGCAUAUUCAGGGUAACGGGUUCGCAGCUGUCGGCGUCUCCGGGCCAGAAGGCGUCCAUCUUGAUCCUGGCCGACAGCGACCACGAGCGCAACAAGUGGGUGGGGCUUCUGACGGAACUGCAGCGAAUCCUGCGCAAGCACAAGCUGAAGGAGAGAAGCGUCUACGCCCCCAAGGAGGCCUACGACAGCACACUACCGCUAAUCAAGGGAACGCAGACCGCAGCCAUCAUAGAUCAUGAGCGAGUUGCCCUUGGCAACGAAGAGGGCCUGUUUGUCAUCCACGUCACCAAAGACGAGAUCAUCCGCGUGGGGGACAGUAAGAAGGUCCACCAGGUGGAGUUGAUCGCUCCGGAGCAGCUGCUGGCCGUGGUGUGCGGACGCAACCGGCAGGUGCGCCUGCUGUCCGCGGCCUCUCUGGAUGGCCGCGACCUGGAGCCGGUGAAGAUGGCGGACACCAAGGGUUGCCAGGCGCUGGCGUGGGGCCAGGCGCGUCAGGGCCACGGGGGCCUCACCUGCCUCUGCGUGGCCAUGAAGAGACAGGUGGUGGUGUACGAGCUCAACAAGACCAAGACGCGACACCGACGCAUACGGGAGAUACAGGUCCCUGGCGUGGUGCAGUGGAUGGCGGUGCAGAGCGACCGCCUGUGCGUGGGGUGGCAGGCGGGCUUCGCGCGUUACAGCCUGCCGGGCGAGGGUUCGGGUUCGACGGGUUCGACGCUGGGCGCCGUGAGCCUGCUGCACCCGGACGACCCCACGCUGACCUUCCUGUCCCAGCAGCCCCUGCCCAGCUCGGGCGACGCCCUGUGCGCCGUGGAGCUGUCGGCCAAGGAGCUGCUGCUCUGCUUCGGGUGCCUGGGCGUCUACGUGGACUGGCAGGGCCGGCGCUCGCGGCAGCAGGAGCUCAUGUGGCCCGCCACACCCACUGCAUGCUGUUACAGCGCCCCCUACCUGUCGGUGUACAGCGAGAACGCCGUGGACGUGUUUGACGUCAACAGUAUGGAAUGGAUCCAGACCAUCCCGCUCAAGAAGGCUCGGCCCUUGAACGAGGACGGAUCACUGAACCUGUUGGGUUGGGAGACGGUGCGACUGGUCUACUUCAGAAACAAAAUGGCUGAGGGUGAUGAGCUGUGUGUUCCGGAGGUGAGUGAGAACAGCAGGAAGCAGCUGGUGAGGAGCAUCAACAACAAGAGACGCUUCUCAUUCAGGAUACCAGAGGAGGAGAGACUACAGCAGAGGAGGGAGAUGCUCCGUGACCCUGAGAUGCGCAGCAAGCUGAUCUCCAACCCCACCAACUUCAACCACGUGGCCCACAUGGGGCCCGGAGACGGCAUCCAAGUGCUCAUGGACCUGCCCAUGGUAACACGCACUCAAAACGUGCGUGCUCAGGAGAACAGGGCAACCUUCAGCGCUUCCGCCAGCAUCUCCUCCAUCAACAAGGUCCGCGGGGAACCCGGCAGAUCCAUGAGUGCCAGCAGCGGCCUUGGCAUACGCUCUAACUCCCAGAAUGGCAGUGCGCUGCGUAGGGAGUUCUCUGGCAGCAGCUACGGCUCCUCUAAGCGCCAGACCAUGACGUCUCCCUCCGAGAGCUCGCUGUCGUCUGGAGGCGGCAUGGACGUGGGCGACGCCCCGCUCUCGCAGUUCGACCGCGAGGACUCGGACUCCCCGCGUCACUCCACGGCCUCCACCAGCUCCACCUUCAGCAGCCCCCCCAGCCCCGCCUCCCCCCACAAGGCCAAGAGCCUGUCCCUGGAGAGCACCGACCGCACCGCCUGGGACACAUGAGGAGAGCAGGACACACACACACACACACACACACACACACACACACACACACACACACACAUACUCACACACACACACACACACACACACACACACACACACACACACACACACACACACACACACACACACACACACACAUACUCACACAAACAUACACGCACAAACACACACACAUACUCACACAAACAUACACGCACAAACACACACACAUACUCACACAAACAUACACACACACACACACACAUACUCACACAAACAUACACGCACACACACAUACUCACACAAACGUACACACAUACUCACACACACAUACUCACACACACACACAGACACACACACGGACCGCACCGCCUGAGACACAUGAGAACCCCUUCUUGAUGAGCCACACACACACACACACACACAUACACAUCUGAAUAUGCACAGACACACACACACACACACAUACACAUGGACACAGGCAUCCACACACAGGCAUGUACACACAUCUAGUACAUGGAAACUGGCACGCGCACACUGCCUCACACACGCACGCACACCUUCGACUCCACCUCUUGCUCCUGAUCUCUUCCGCGAGACUCUCCUUCUCUUCUUGAGAGAGACAUGAGGGGACCGAGAUGGUACAUGCCACGGGGCGGCACACGCACACACACACACACACGCACACGCACGCACGCACGCACGCACGCACACACACACACACACACACACAGUUUCCAGUUUUGAGACUCCUCUCCUCUUCUCCCCCACCACUCUUCUUGGCCCCUCCUCCCCUCAGUGUACUUGGCCAAUGACACUCCCCCACUCUUCUUGGCCCCUCCUCCUCUCAGUGUACUCGGCCAAUGGGACUCCACCACUCUUCUUGGCCCCUCCUCCUCUCAGUGUACUCGGCCAAUGACACUCCACCACUCUUCUUGGCCCCUCCUCCUCUCAGUGUACUCGGCCAAUGGCACUCCACCACUCUUCUUGGCCCCUCCUCCUCUGAGUGUACACAGCCAAUAGCACUGCACUCCUCCAAGUCUCCACAGCUUUAUAGACCACUCCCCUUUCCAAACCACUCCCCCACCCACACCCCCAAUCUCCUUCAGGGGGGUGGCCAUGGUUACUAACAGUUACUUACUGGGUGCCUGAACCAUGGCAGGUGUGUGUGUGUGUGCACGCGUGCGCGUGCGCGUGUGAGUGUGUGUGUGUGUGACUUAGAGGGUUGUCUAAUUGACAUGGGGGUGAAAAUAAAGAUAUGAAAAUGCCCUCCGCCCCCGCCCCCGCCCCACCCUUGCACACACUCCUUCUUUUUACAGACGUGCUUUGUAAAAACUGGAACCGCAGCCGGAUGAAAUUGAGUCGCGCGUUUGUUGGUCUUGGACUAUUGAGACCUACAGUACUGACGCAACUUUGAAAAAUGACACAAAGCCCGCCAUCCGAGACGGACGGGACAUAUUUUACACGCUGUGAAUGAAUGGCACCUGUGUACAUAUCUAAUCAUUUAAGCUAAGGGAGGGGGGUGGAUAUUUUAUUUAUUCUUACUCAAUGCCAGACACUCCAGAGAGUAGUAACGAGUUAUCAGGAGCAGCGGUCGCCUCUGUCCCCCUCUUAUCUGGCCUUCUCGUGGUUGGCUGUCUGAAUCUACCAGCCCAGGGUGACGGGUUCGAGAGGAGGGAGGGAGGGGCGGGCUACGCUGCCAUUCACUGUUAAUGCCACACAGAAAACGUGCACCACCUCAACUCCUCAAACUCAAACUCAUCUUCAUCGUCUCAUCGCUCAACUCUGCGGGUGUGGAAAGGAAACGCUACAGUGUCAUCAGCAAAGGAGGACAAUAAAACAUAAGCUUAAACUGCCUAACAUGGGACUGACACUUAGUAGCUAGUACUACACACACACACACACACAUACACACACACACACACACACACACACACACACACACACACACACACAAAGCUCAGCCUACCGUCAUCAUACUAUAGAACGAUAGGAAUGCUGUGUACCAAGCCUCAUCAAGUUACCAUGGUAACUAACCACGAUGACCACUCCCCCUUUAGUUGUUGACCAAUUGGCACAACCUUCAGCAUCAUGGACACGCCCCCACACAUCCAGGAUGUACAUACAUCCAAAAGUAGAGUAUAUAAUAUAUAUAUAAUAAAAAAAUAUUAUAGAGACGAGGGGAAGCUUUAAAGAAAACUAGCGGCAGAGGACAGCACGCAUUCCACUCUUGAGAAUGUUCUAACAAGUGGACUUUCUCAAGGCUGUCUUUUCAAACCACUUUUCUCUGUUUUUUUUUAAUUAUUAUUAUUAUGCAUCAUUGGAUUUUCUUUCUUUUCCUUUUUUUGCAUUUUAGAGUUUUAUUUAAGUGUCGAGACUGGUGGAGUGUUUUUAUUUUUUGCCUCGUGUCCCUCAUAGGAAAAGCUGUUUUCAUUUGCAUUACGGUUUACAAUGAUGUUUGUUUACUUUUCACUUCACUUGCACAUACGGUUCCUUCUCCAACCCACGUCAGCUGCCACUUUGAUCCUCGGCGACUUCUCCCAAAACAGUCCUUCCUGUCGUCCUGAUGCUAACGAGUGUGCAUCGCUUACCACAUGCUUCACAGAGACUGCGCACAAAUAAUACAGUACGUCAUGACGAUUCACCUUGUUAGAAGUUUUGUAACUGGAAAAAUAAUGUUCCUUAACCACAAAAGUUACUUAAGAAUGUUCUGGUCUGAUUAAGUUUGGACUGGAAGUAUCACAAAGCUAUUAAAAAAAAAACGUCUUGAAGGCAAAAAAAAAAUAUCUACAACCAACUAGUCACUGUUGAUAGUGUUUUUUAUAUAUCUAUAAUUGAUGCCAUGACCACUUCUUAUGAAUGCUUUAAGUUGGUGUACUGGAGUACUUUGAGAGAGAGGAUCUUGGUAUGGGGGACCAUCUCUACUUUUGUUUGAAAACAAAAAUGGUGGCACAUGGCGUUCUAGUUUAGUUGGAAUAGAAAGGAGGGAGGAGGGAGCAGGAAUGUACCACUAAAUGUUACACACAUUUAGUGGAAUGUACCACUAAAUGCCACUGGCUAUUGUCUCCUCCUUCCAGAAUAAGCAAUGUGAAAUUUAUAUACCUUACUUAAGGGAACGAACUGUGUUGUUCACAAAAGGUGCCCAAGCUUUUCAAGGAAUUCCACUCCUCUCUUCAUGCUCUUUCGUUCAUGUUCUUUUACACAAUGUUUUUGUUUUUAGCCAAGGAGUUGAAUUUGUAUCCAUUUUUAAGCAAUUAUCAAGUUGACACAUCGACAUUUACCAAUCUGAAAAGACGAGUAUGUGAAAAUAAUGUAUGUAAAAAGAUCAUAACCCUGUGAUAUCUAUGUGGAACCACCUUGAUGAUGAAUUUGAAAAAUGAAAGAUAAAAAACUGCACAAUAAUGCCACCACCGUCAUCUCAUGUAGUUAUGGGGGUAUUGCCCUGUCAUUUCAUGUAAUUGUCAUGAUUUUAUUAUUCACCAAAACAAAAGCCCAGCUGGAUGCAGUUGUAGUAGCCUUUGAAGCUCCCUGUUUGGACGUCCUCUUGGGGGUAACAUAUGACCACUUCAGCAUUUAUUUACAGUACAGUGUGUAUGAGUGUGAAGAGACCGCUUCUUCCAUAUGGUGAGGACUGGAGGGCACAUGGGGAAAUGGCAAAAUGGACGCCUCGUGUUUGACUCGUAGCACCCUUCUCAGGACAAGACUCACCAUCCCACUCUCCCCACUCCGUUCCCAACACAAAUAUGGCCCAGGUCUUCCACUGGGCAGCUGUGUUAGUUUGACCAAAAUGCCACCAUUAGCGUCUAAAAGGUUUUAUUUUUUAAAUUGUAGAGAAUAAUAAUGAAAGCUUUUGGAGAUGUGCUCUACUCUGGGCUCCCCUGCUGCACUGUCUGGAGUGUAGUGUGGGGUUGGAUUGCAAGAGAGAAUAGCAGUAUCGAAGAUAAGGGGACUAGACUGAGGAGAACUUUGCCUUUAAAACUUCAGUUUGUCUUCACUCACUCUCAUCGUUCCUUUGUCUUCUUUUUUAAGAGGUUACCCUGUAAUAAUUUGUACAGUUUUUUUUCUGCAUGUUAUAGGUGUAAUCAUUUCUUGGGGUUUCUGUUUUGUUAUACUGUUCGCAACAAGGUUAAAACUAUACAUUCACUGACAUGAUGGGCUUAUGGGCAAGGUUUUAUCAGGGUUGUCCACCACGUGUAGGUUUUUUUUUUUCCAUUAUUUCUUCCUCUUUUUUUGCACAGAGAUAUUUAAGGUGAGAGGUCAACAGCAUAAUGUAUGAAACUGGCCGCCAUGUUUGUGGAAAAAUGAUUAUAUUAACCAUACUCCGAUGUAAUUCAAUAAAAACGGAGGGCUAUUCAAAGUGAG